GCCAAAAGGGCAGUCACUUCUCAUCAGUCCCAAGGUCUCGUUUUUGAACCUCACGCUCACAAAAGCCAUUUCUCAUCAUGCCAAACCAACAAAAGAAAGUCAUUUUUUGCAUGGCUGGGGUGUUAAGCUUUGUGUGUGCCCUUGGAGUGGUGACAGCCCUGGGGACACCGUUGUGGAUCAAAGCCACCUUCCUCUGCAAAACAGGGGCUCUGCUCGUCAAUGCCUCUGGGCAGGAGCUGGACAAGUUCAUGGGCGAGAUGCAGUACGGGCUUUUCCAUGGAGAGGGUGUGAGGCAGUGUGGGCUGGGAGCAAGGCCCUUUCGGUUCUCACUUUUCCCAGAUUUGAUCCAAGCCAUCCCCGUGAGCAUCCACGUCAAUGUCAUCCUCUUCUCCACGAUCCUGGUCGUUCUGACCAUGGUGGGAACAGCCUUCUUCAUGUACAAUGCUUUUGGCAAGCCCUUUGAAACCCUGCAUGGUCCACUAGGGUUGUAUCUUUUGAGCUUCAUUUCAGGAUCCUGUGGCUGUCUUGUCAUGAUACUGUUUGCCUCUGAAGUGAAAAUCCACCACCUCUCAGAAAAAAUAGCAAAUUAUAAAGAGGGGACUUAUGCCUACAAAACGCAAAGUGAAAAAUACACCACUUCGUUCUGGGUUGUUUUCAUUUGCUUUUUUGUUCACUUUUUGAAUGGGCUCCUAAUACGACUUGCUGGAUUUCAGUUUCCUUUUGCAAAAUCCAAAGGCACAGAGACAACUAAUGUAGCCGCAGAUCUAAUGUACUGA